AUGGUCGGACUUGGCCCCAAACGCCGUCCCUCCCGUAGGGGGUCCAUGACGGACAUGCCCCAGGACCUCUUGGAGCAUAUCAAGCAGUUUGAAGAGGUCUUUACCGUCGACUCUGCCAAGCUUAAGCAGGUCGUCGACCACUUCGUGAAGGAGCUGGAGAAGGGCCUCACCGUCAAGGGCGGCAACAUUCCUAUGAACGUCACCUGGGUUAUGGGUUUCCCGGACGGCCAGGAACAAGGCACAUUCUUGGCCCUCGACAUGGGCGGUACCAACUUGCGUGUUUGUGAAAUCAUUUUGACCAAGGAAAAAGGCGGCUUCGAUAUCAUCCAGUCUAAAUACCGAAUGCCAGAGGAGCUGAAGACGGGAAAUGCGGAAGAACUGUGGGAAUACAUUGUCGACUGUGUCGAGCAGUUCAUCCAGUUCCACCACGAGAACGAAAGCCUGAAAAGUCUGCCGCUGGGUUUCACCUUUUCAUACCCCGCCACUCAGGACUACAUCGACCAUGGAGUCCUUCAACGUUGGACGAAGGGGUUCGACAUUGACGGUGUCGAGGGAGAGGAUGUCGUACCUCCUCUCGAAAAGGUCUUCAAGGAGAGGAGCCUCCCCAUCAAGGUUGCUGCUUUGAUCAAUGACACAACCGGAACGCUCAUUGCUUCCUCCUACACUGACUCUGAAAUGAAGAUUGGCUGCAUUUUCGGCACCGGUGUCAACGCCGCCUACAUGGAGCAUGCCGGCUCUGUUCCAAAAUUGGCCCACAUGAACCUACCGCCAGACAUGCCCAUUGCAAUCAACUGCGAGUACGGCGCAUUUGACAAUGAACACGUUGUCCUCCCUCUCACUAAGUACGACCACAUCAUCGACCGCGAUUCACCCCGUCCUGGCCAGCAGGCCUUCGAGAAGAUGACCGCUGGUCUGUAUCUUGGCGAGAUCUUCCGUCUGGCUCUGGUAGACAUCCUAGACAGUCAUCCAGACCUUAUCUUUGCCAAUCAGGAUACCUCUCAGCUGCGAAUUCCGUACUUGUUGGACUCGUCCUUCCCGGCCGCAAUUGAGGAGGACCCUUACGAAAAUCUGACGGAAACCGCAGAGCUCGUUCAAAGCAAGCUUAAUCUCACAUCUACCCGGUCCGAACUCGAAAUGAUGCGCCGCCUCGCUGAGCUGAUUGGUACCCGUGCUGCUCGCCUAUCCGCCUGCGGUGUCGCCGCCAUCUGCAAGAAGAAGAACAUCGAGUCCUGCCACGUCGGAGCCGAUGGCUCGGUCUUCACAAAAUACCCCCACUUUAAGGCCCGUGGCGCCCAGGCCCUGCGCGAAAUCCUUGACUGGGCCCCCAGCGAGAAGGACAAGGUUACCAUCCAUGCCGCCGAGGAUGGAUCCGGUGUCGGUGCUGCUCUGAUUGCCGCCUUGACACUGAAGCGUGUUCGCACUGGCAACUUGGCUGGUAUUCGCAACGCAAAGGACAUGCAAGCAUUCUGUUGA